AUGUUCGGAAUCUGGAAAGAAGUCGUGGAAGGCUCACGACAAGCCAUUCCUUCACCCGCUGGAGAGGUUAUUGAUAUCAAGGACGAACGGAUGUGGAACGAAGAUAGCGCCCGCACGUCAUCAACUUCUUUUGUUCCAAGCCGUCGUACUCGCACCAUCGGCGAAAUGGACUUUGAUUUGUCGCGUGUGGAUGAAUCCAGUCGUCCUAGCAAAAAGCGGAAAACAAACCGAUCAUCUAGUGGUACUAUUUCUCCCAAGAUCGCGUCCGGAAACUUUCGAGUGUCGUCUUCAGCUGCCCUUACUGACGAAGAAUCGGAAAGAGUCACUGGUCUUCCCGCGGAACUGGUUGUACUCUACCGACGACACUGUCUUAUUGCUGCUGAACCAACACUGUCAACCAAGUUGAGGGAACUUGACACAGAACGGACAAUUUCGUCUCGGGUAUUUAAAUCUGCCUCCCAAGUCUUCUGUGAACUCGGAUCCUAUGCUGCGGAACUGUUCUGGCGGGAUUGGUCCGAGAAUAAUCAAAAUGCUACAGGACCCGCGGCACAAAUUUGUACCACCAUGAAGAAAUGGAAUGUUUCCCAGCCGCACUUUGAUGUUACGGCAUCCGAGUCCGACGUGUCCCCAAAGUUUGUCAAAUUUGUCGAGGUACUCAAAGGUUGUGCGCCUUAUGGUGAGACUUUUCGCGGUGUAGUCAUCGUGCGAAGAAGGGUCAUAGCGCAGGCCAUUGUGCGGCUCUUACAAGCUCUGCAAGAUCGUUCGGCAUUCAUUCGGCCUGCAGUCAUGACCGGUCGACAAUCUAAUAUCGAGGUCAAGGAUGAUGUUAUCCGUUCAUUUCGAAGGGGUACCUGCAAUCUUCUGGUGAUCACUAGAUCAGGAGAAGACCUGGAUAUCCCUAAGGCAUCGAUUGUAAUAUGUUUCGACCUUUUCGAGAGUCAGGUGUCGUUUGCAUAUUCUUGUGCUCUUUCCAUUGGACCGGAAAGUCAUCUUGUACACAUGGUUGAAAAAGACAACAGUAACGACAGACGCAUACUGUUAGCAAUUGCAACUGUUGACGACAAGAUGCGUAGGUGGGUGGAAAAGGUUGCGUCCAGCCCCUGCAGUGCCAUUCCUCCGAGAACUCUACAUGAGGCAUUGGACCCGUAUCUCUCAGAUAGUGACGAUGAAGCUGACGAAGCAGAUUGCAUUCAUGAUCCUACCACUGGCGGGGUGCUUCUCCCAAGAGAUGCAACUAGUGUCAUCUACCGAUUCUUGGCAGCUUCAGACGUUCGAAUGGACGACGCCUUAGAUGGACCACUGUUUGAGUUCCAGGAGCAUCAGUCGGGCAUUCACACGAACUUCACGUGUAGUGUCCAUCUUCCUCGUCGUUUAUCUGUGUCUGCAGUAUCCGGUUCCGCAUGCCGCUCAAAGGCGGAGGCUCGACGUGCAGCGUGCUUCGAAGCAUGCAGGCAACUGAUUAAUGCAUCAGUCCUCGAUUAUCGUUUCUUCCCUCAGCAGCACUGUUGGAUGACAACUACGGGGAUGGCUGAGCUUGGCGGCAAGAAUGUCAGCAAUCCUUCACUCACAACUAGCGGUACCCAUUCUUAUCCAAGGAGGCGUUCUGCGUUUUGGUCGAAUACCCUAUCGCUUGCCCGGGAUUGUUUGUACCCAACAAUCGUCUUGCCCGGCAGUCUGCAAGAACAACAUUAUGCUCCCGUCCUCAUCCUCACAAGGUCAUCUCUGCCAAACCUGCCCGACUUCUCCGUGUUCACUUCAGGCUUCAAAGCCACAGUCAAGCUUCUUCGCGGUGCUCCUCUCUACGUUGAUCAUAGUCAACUUCAUUUACUGCAUGCAUAUACCUUGCGGCUUUGUCGUGCUGUCUCCAAUAAGCCAUUCAAUCCUCCCAUCGAGAGCUUGUUGUAUUUCUUCGCGCCCCUAAGUUGCGCAUGGGAGAAUACUGGAGACACGCAGUACCCAUCGGUUGGCGAGUAUAUUCCAUGGGAGUUAGUCAAGCUUGCAGCAAAAAACUUCAUGGUCCCUGUAAUAUCCGACGAACAUGCAAUAGCAAACAUUGACGACCGUGUCGAGGAUGCCGUCAUACAGGAUAGAUGGAUUGAAUUCACCAAUCGGUUCUUCGUCUCUCGAGUCAGGCAUGAUCUGUCGCCCAUGAGCAAGGUCGAUGACAACCCACGUGGAGCAGAGUAUGCGAACUUUGUCGAAUACCUCAAGGCGCAUCGCAAAGGGUUUGAGGGUCUCAAAAUCCACAAGCAGCCUAUUAUUGAAGUAUCGCCGGUGCCCGUUGUCACGAAUUAUCUGACCCCAACUGCCAAACCUUUACUCUCUGCCUCGAAGUUGCCUGCCAAAUAUCUCAUCCCUGAAUUAUGUGUCAAGUUUACGAUACCAGCAAGUACCUUCCGGACGGUGCUCCUUCUACCAUCCCUUAUACACAAGAUAGACAAUCAGUUGCUCGUGAAGGAGCUGAAUACUAAAUUUUUCGAGAACUCAAUUUCGGACGAGCAUCUCCUUGCCGCACUCUGCGCUCCCUCUGCUUGCGCCGAAUAUGACUACGAGCGUUUGGAAUUGCUAGGAGACGCAUUUCUCAAAUUUAUGUCGUCUAUCUACUGCUACAUGACCAUGCCAUCGAAGAACGAGGGUGGGCUUCAUGCUUCUCGUCAGCAGAUCAUCAGCAAUAAAGCGCUGAAGUCUGGAGCGGUUCGUGUGGGUUUGCCACCCUAUAUUCAGAGCAAGCCUUUCGCAGUAAAGCUUUGGCAGCCUACGCUGUCUGACUCUGACGGGGGUUCCGCGAAAAGCACGAUUGCCGGAAACGAGAAGGGGACAUCCGAUGAGCUGGCAAAUCCCGGAGAAUUCAGCCAGUUAUCAGGAGCUGGUGUUCCCGUGAAACGUGGUAAACGGAAGAAACAACGCGAAGAUGUGAACAUUCAAUGGCUCGGAGACAAGACUGUAGCGGAUGUCGUUGAGGGAAUAAUAGGAGCUGCAUACUUAACCGCCGGCCAAGAACUCGCUCUGAGAGUGACAACUGCCCUGACAGGUGCUCUCAGGGAGAUUUCUCGGUGGUCAGAUUUCGCCCAGCAGGUCAUAGCACCUUCUCCUGUUGUCAUCGCCACUUUUCCAGGAAAGACGCAAGAAGCUGUAGAGGCUAUACUAGGGUGCAAGUUCAAGGAGCCGCGUCUACUGGCCCAGGCACUGACCCAUCCCUCCAUCAACGCACAACAUCUUUCCUGUUACGACCGGUUGGAGUUUCUUGGGGAUGCGAUACUCGAUUUCUUUGUUGUUCGCUACAUAUUCCAUCGCAAUCCUCAGCUGUCUCCAGGUGGUCUCACAUUGCUCAAGGCUGCUAUGGUGUCCAAUCACGCCCUAGCGGCCUUCUGUGUAUCCUCUGGAUUGUACAGGCAUUUCCGGCAUGCCUCUCCCGACCUGCAAACCGCAAUCAAGGCAUGUGUAGAUAAACUCGAGACUUACCGUGAAGAAGAGUGCGCACGAGCUGAGAGGGAGCGCAGGGAGGUCGGCCAAUACUGGUUAGAGGUUGACCCGCCGAAGGCUCUCUCGGAUAUCGUGGAGUCCCUCAUCGGCGCCCUUUACAUCUCAGACGACUUUUCGGAAGGUGGCGUCGAGGUCUUCUUCAACCACGCGUUGAGGCCAUUCUAUGACCAGUACAUCAGACUCCAAAGCCUCUCCCACCACCCGAACAAAACAUUAUUCGAGCUGCUGCACGGCGCUGGCUGCCAUCAACAUAGAGUAGUCAAAACGAUGGAUGGCGGGAUCUAUCGAUACGACGUCAUGGUCCACGAGAUUAUUCUAGCGACUGCCACAAGUUCAGCAACAGCAUCUGCGAUGCGUUGGGCGUCGUCGUGCGCAAUAGACGCACUGGAAGGAGACCCGGAGUUCAUGAUGAGAACCUGUGACUGCCGCACCGUGCAGACCAGUAAGAAAAUGCAGAAAGACGAGAGAAAAGUGCUCGGCUACGAGGAGGAUUGA